GAUUCGAGUUUGAAGAAGCCAAACUCCAAAAAUCUUAGAAAUGCAAAUGGGAUAUGAAAAUCCAAGGAUUAUGUACGGUGUGAUCAUCACCGUGUACGUUGAUCGUCAAACGACGACCGUCCGAUCAUCUCAAGGGAGACGGAAGAAUGAUGAAGGGCGGAGAUUCAUUGAACGGACGUGGAAGCGUGGGAUCGGAAAGAUACGUGGUUAUGAUCGGAGAGCGAAUCUGUUAGCUUAUAUUCGUCAGAUGAGGGCCGAGAGUCUCACCGGAGACUCGAAAUGCGACGUCGUAGAGAGUGACAACAAGCCUGAACGGCUGAGUCCGAGUCCGAAGGUAACGUUUCUCUGAUUUUCUUGAUAAGUUAUUACAAUUUAAUUGGGCCGGAUAUGGGCCAUGACUUCUGGUUCAUCUUGACUUGCGUUUAUUGUUUACGCAAAGAUUAAAGAGCAAGUAAGCAGUUGCGUCUGAAUAAUCUGAUUAGUGAUGUUGAGUGUUGACUAUGCUAUGAGUAGCUUAAGUAAAAUGGAAUGUCGAGU